CUCUCAUCCAUCCCCUCCGCCGCGAUCCUCCCUCCCCACCGUCAUCCAGAUCCACAGGGCAGCGGAGAGAUCGCCGGAGCAACAGGCCGAGGAAGAAGUUCAGCCAGCCGGAUCUCAAGUCACCAUGGUGGUCGCGCUCGGUCCAGGCAGGUUCUACGGCGGCGGCCUCCCGCGCCCGCGCGUCUUCCCGGGCGACCGCGUCGACCCGCCGGCGCCCGUCACCGACGCGCUCCUCUGCUGGGCGCGCGACGCGCACUGGUCCAUGGGCGGGCUCGCCGCCAAGCGCCUCCGCCUGCAGGGCCGCAUCGAGGGCAACCUCGUCAAGCUCCGCCGCACCUCGCGCCGCGACGCCAGGGUCUCUGCCAAGUCCGCCAAGGCCAAGGUCCGUGCCGCCGGGCACGGGCCAGCCCCUGCCACCCUCGACGACGCGCUCGGCUCCGACGACGACGAUUCGGAGGACGAGGCGGAGGUCGCGGCCCAGGAGAAGGCGAUGCGGCGCGAGGUCGUGGAGGAUGAUGAGGACUCCGAGUCCGGCGAGUCGGAGGGCGAGGGGGUGCCGCUCGUCACCAUCGCCGCCGCCGCCAAGAGGAAGCGCGUCAGGAAGCUCUCCGACGAGUUCGACCGCAUCGCCGCCGCGCAGCUGGAGGGCGGCGGGAAGAAGAAGCCUGCGGCCGCGGCUCCGGCCAAGGCGCCGCUGAGGAAGAAGGCUUCUGGUGCUCCGGCCGCUGAGGCGCCGGCGAAGAAGUCGCUGAAGAGGAAGGCGGUGGCGCCGGCGGCUGGGACAGCGGCCAGGAUCUCAGCCAAGAGGAAGGCUGCGGAGGCGCCGGCGGCAAGGAGGACCUCGCCGAGGUCGAAGCACUGAUGGAUAGGUGCUCGUUUCCAUUUGCAAUCCCUGUUCUUGGAUCUAGCGACUGUGGUGUGGUCUCGGAGAUGCAGUAUGCUGUGUGUUCGUCGAAAUGCUUGAGUGGAAUCUGGUGUCAUGCUUCCAUGUCUGAAUCAAAUCCCUCUAAAUAUAUGUCAUGCCAUGUUUCUUUCUAGCAGUAUAUCUAAAUCAAAUCCCCUGAAAGUAUUGUCUGAUCAACUCUGAAUUAUCCUGAAAUAAUAGCUCCUGUUUUUUUGAUA